AUGGCGACCUCGGGUUUCAACGCAUUCCUCGAGAUUGAGAGCACAUCUCGAAUCACCAGCCCGCCACCAGCAGUGCACAGCAACAGACAAAGCACCAAAGUCCAACCGGGAUUCGAGCUAAACACAAUUCAACCAGCCAAUACCAACCCAUACAUAAUUGAGAAUGUCACAAGGCCACCCUCUCCAACUCCAAGCGAACUAGAACAACACAUUGCACCGGACCCCGGACCCAAUCCAGCAGAAUGGGCCCCAGACCGAACAGCAAGCACUUGGAAAACAAAAUGGCGACUCCUAAGCGUCUGCCUCAUGAGCCUAGGAAACGGCAUGAACGAUAGCGCGCCCGGAGCCCUAAUUCCCUACAUCGAAAAACACUACUCAAUAGGCUACGCAAUCGUCUCCCUAAUCUUCGUAACGAACGCUUUCGGCUUUAUCCUAGCAGCGCCUUUCACGCACUCAAUUGAGGCUAAGUUCGGCCGCGCAAAAAGUUAUGCCUUCGCCCUGGCAUUGCAAAUCGCAGGCUAUAUUGUUAUCGUCUGUGAACCGCCUUUCCCGGCUGUCGUGGCAUGUUUCUUCUUCCUUGGUUUCGGGAUGGCGCUUAGUCUCGCACUGAGUAAUGUCUACUGUGCCAAUCUGGCUGACGCAACGACUGCGCUGGGAUUUUUCACGGGGUCUUAUGGUAUUGGGGGUAUCGUUGCUCCAUUGUUCGCUACUGCGAUGGUCUCCGCGGGAAUAAGGUGGUCGUUCUUCUAUGCGAUUACAUUGGCUGUUGCCGCUAUCAAUCUGCUCUUCGCUAUGUGGGCUUUCUGGAAAUUCGAAGACGACGCCUCGGCUGAAGCACAGGUUGCCCUUCGAGCAGGUAACAUCACAGCCUCAGAAACAGAGCCGCUAUCCCGAGCAACGGUUCUGAAGAAAUCCCUACGGGACCGCACAACCCUCCUAGGUGCCCUAUUCAUAUUCGCCUACCAAGGCGCCGAAGUCUCCGUCUCAGGCUGGGUCGUCUCAUUCCUAAUCAGCUACCGAAAGGGUGAUCCCACACGAGUAGGCUACGUCAGUGCCGGAUUCUGGGCGGGCAUCACAGUAGGCCGAUUCCUACUCACACACCCGGCCUCGAAGCUCGGUGAGAAGAUCGCUGUCGUGGGCAUGAUAGCCGGUGCUGUGGCGUUCCAGUUGCUUACAUGGCUUAUUCCGAAUGUCAUUGGUGAGGCCGUUUCUGUUGCUAUUCUUGGUUUGUUGCUCGGGGCUGUUUAUCCAUGUGCGACGUCUGUUUUUACAAAGCUUGUUCCGAGGAAUAUGCAUAUGUCUAGUUUGAGUUUUGUUUCUGCGCUUGGGAGUAGUGGUGGUGCUGUUUCGCCUUUCUUCACUGGUAUCCUUGCGCAGAAUGUUGGUACUAUGGUUUUGCAUCCUAUUUGUAUUGGGCUUUAUGGGGUUAUGGCUACUAGUUGGUUGCUUUUGCCUAAGAUCAUGAAGAGGACUGAGUGA